UCCACGUCUCUCUACUUCCAACAAACUCAUUCCUUCUUCUUCUUUCUAUUUAACCCUUUUCAAUAUUUCACUUCUCCAAAAUCCUCCAUUUUCACUAUUUCAUUUCUCAUUUAACUCAAAACACCAUGUCUUUUCUCCUCUGCUAUUCACCCUUCAAACCUCUCCCACUUGCUUUCUUCUUCCUCAUCCUCCUCUCCUUCCAUUUCCUCCCAGCAAUCAGCACUGAUUUCCUUGUCGGCGACAGCGAUGGCUGGUCAGUCCCUAAACCAAAAGAAGCUGACAAAUACAACAAAUGGGCUUCCCACAACAGAUUCAAUGUCGAUGACACUGUCCAUUUCAAGUACGAGAAAGAUUCAGUGAUGAUGGUGACGGAGGAAGAGUACAAACAAUGCGUUUCACCAAAGCCUCUGUUUUAUGAAAACAAUGGAGAUAGUGUGGUAAAGCUUGACAGAGCAGGAUUGUUCUAUUUCAUUAGUGGAGUUUCAGGGCAUUGUCAGAAAGGUCAAAGAAUGAUAAUCAAAGUGUUGGAACCUAUGAGUCCUCCACAGCCAUCCACCGUUCCACCUGAAGAAAAAAAUGGUGCUGCACAUUCCAAAUUAGUCUCUGUUUCAUCUUCAUUCUUGGGGAUGUUCUUCAUGUUGUUCAUUGCUCUGUUUUUGUCCAUUUGAAGUAGGGGUGUCUUAGGGAAUUGGUUUGGUUUGUUCAUUUAUUAGGAUUUCUGUUUUUGUUGUUAAUUUUUAUUUCUAGUAUUAUGAAUGAAUGGUUGGUUUUGUUUGGAGAUGUUGGAUGAGGUUGAAUAAUAACAAAAUUACAAAAAGAAAAGUGGAAUA